UUAACGAGUAAAGACACGUUUUUAAAAAUUCGUUUUACGUACCUUAUGCAGGUUUAAAGAUAGAAAUAGUUCUUCCACUAUGGCGUCAUGGUUCAUGCUUUGCCUGGUGCUGCCCAUGCUUGUGACGCAGACUGAGUCAGUCAAGAACUACGCGUCAGCUUUGGGAAAAUCUAUUCUGUUCUACGCCGCACAAAGGUCAGGUAAACUCCCGGCUAACAACCCCAUCCCGUGGAGGGGAGACUCCGCCCUCAACGACUGUGUGGUGGGGGGCUGGUACGACGCUGGGGACCACCUCAAGUUUGGGUCAACUAUGGAGUACACGACCACUAUUUUACUUUGGUCAAUGUACAAAUGGAAGGACAGCUAUGUCAAGGCCGGUCAGCUGACCCAGGCCUACGAUAUGGUCAAGUGGCCACUGGACUAUUUCCUCAAGGCCUGGAACUCAACAGCUCAUGAGUUUGUCUUCCAGGUGGGCGGCGAUGCUGACCACCACUAUUGGGGACGUCCAGAGGACAUGACCAUGGCGAGACCUUGCAAGAAAGCGGACAUAGCACAUCCGAGAAGUGACAUAGAGGGAGGGACAGCCGCUGCUCUGGCUGUUGGGUCACUGGUGUUCAAGGACAAGGGAGAUACAGCCUACAGCACACAGCUGUUAACAGCCGCUGAGAGUUUGUACAAGUUUGCUAACGAUCAUAAGAGCACGGAUAGCUACAAGGACGAGAUCUGUGAGGCUGGGGUUUGGCUCUACAGGGCCACGGGGAGAGCCCAGUACCUUAACGAGGCCAAGGCCAACGCUGAAUCUGGUUACAUCUGGGCCUAUCAGACGGCGGAUAAGAGGCUCGCGUGUCACCAACUGCUGUAUGAAGAGACCCACGAUACCGUCCAGAGAAAUGGUGUAAUCGAUUACUUCAACGCCUGGUUCCCCGGGGGUAGCAUCCACUACACACCAUGUGGCCUGGCCUGGGCUAUGAAGUGGGGCUCUCUCAGACUAGCCGCCAACUCCGCCUUUGUUGCCCUGUUAGCCGCCGAGGCUGGUAUCCAAACAGACCGGUACCGCACCUGGGCAGUCGAGCAGAUCAACUACAUCCUGGGCGACAACCCUCAUGACGGCGGUUGUUAUAGUUACCAGAUUGGCUACGGCAGCAAGUACCCCCUUCGUCCCCACCAUCGGGCCGCCUCCUGUCCAAACAAGCCCGCGCCCUGUGGGUCUGCCGAGGCGACUUCACCAGCCCCUAAUCCUCAUGUGUUGACGGGUGCUUUAGUAGGUGGCCCCGCAGAGCAUGAUGACUAUGUUGACGUCAGAACCGACUACGUGCUGAAUGAGGUUGCCAUAGAUUACAAUUCGGGAUUCACUGGGGCCUUGGCUGGAAUUGUUCACUUACAGAACACAAACCACAUGCCCACCACACACAACAAAUGUCCCUGUAACAACUAGACUGCACACACAACACAUGUCCCUGUAAAAACUAAACUACCCACAAAACUAUUGUUGGUGUAACGACUAGAUCACAUAGUUAAAUAUUGUCCGUGCACUCAGAUACAUCACACGCUCACUAAUGCAAAAACACACACACAAACUCCACACAUAAAUCACAUGCUCACCACACACAGCAGAUAUUCAUGUAACAACUAUAACAGACACACACAAAUACCAACACACAGACAGACGGACAUAUAACCUCCACACAAAAACAUGCCCACCACACACAACAAUUGUGAAGUAAUAAAAAAUGUCUCAGAAAGACAAAACGCAAACAUACCAAAAUUCUAAUUAAAACUAUUUUACUAAUUAAAGUAUCAUAUCCUCCACUCAACGUUCUAUCACAUUCACUAAUUAAAGUUUCUUCAGUAUUGUUUCUUUAAUGUAGUGCAAUUAAUUCAUGGUAUUGUUUAGUUUAAAA